AUGCUCUCUAGAGCUCAGCAGCUGGAGAGAAACAUUGGCUAAGGAUGGUCAAAGCUGGGAAGAGAAAAAGCAAGGAGGGAAAAUGAUGAAGUGAAAAGAGCUAGGAACCACGCUGGGGAGCAUAAACAGCCUGCUGACCUCUGAUGCGUGAGGGAUGAAGAAAACAGACUGUGAGUGACUAUGUGGACCAUCUGGGUGAUCUUCUGGAUUUCAACUGUCCCGAUCAAAGCUAUUCCACCCGUCUGUGACCUUCUGAGUGUCCUGAAAAGGGAGGAAGAAAAAUGUGUGGAGACUCUUUCCCUGGAGGAAAGGAACCAAACGACUGAAAAUGACCUGCUUCUGAGCUCAGGCAGAUGUGCUGGAAUGUGGGAUAACAUGAGCUGCUGGCCUUCAGCCACUGUGGGACAGACUGUCAAUGCUCACUGCCCUGAAUUCUUCCAGAUGCUGACUGGGAAAAAAGGUUUUGUGUACCGAAACUGUACAAGUGAGGGCUGGUCAGAGCCGUACCCGAGACCUGACAUUGCUUGUGGCUACAAUGUCAACGACACAACCAACGAAGCCAGACGUUCCUAUUUCAUGACCCUGAAGACCAUGUACACCAUCGGAUACUGCACCUCCCUUGUGACGCUGAUGCUAGCCUUAGUGGUCCUGGCCUCCUUUAGAAGACUUCGCUGCACAAGGAACUACAUCCACAUGCAUCUCUUCACAUCGUUCAUUUUGCGAGCCUCAUCCAACUUCAUCAAGGAUGCUGUCUUGUUUUCCUCUGAAGACAUAAAUUACUGUGGGGCAUACACGGCUGGCUGUAAGCUCACCAUGGUCUUCUUUCAGUACUGCAUCAUGUCUAACUACAGCUGGCUCCUUGUGGAAGGACUGUACCUCCACACUCUCCUGGUGAUUUCUUUCUUCUCAGAAAGGAAGUUCCUCUGGUGGUUCAUCGCCCUUGGAUGGGGUGCCCCAAUGGUGUUUGUGGCUGCAUGGGCAACUGCUAGGCAGCUCCAUGAAAAUAUUGGGUGUUGGGACAUUAACACUGAUGCCAAUACCUGGUGGAUCAUUAGAGGCCCCAUAGUUUUGUCCAUUUUUAUUAAUUUCAUUCUCUUUGUCAACAUUUUAAGAAUCUUGAUGAGGAAGCUCAGCUCCCCUGAAAAACGGAGCAGUGAUUUCAACCAAUACAAGAGACUUGCAAAGUCAACACUCCUCCUCAUCCCUCUCUUUGGGGUCCACUAUAUCAUCUUUGCUUUUUUCCCUGAGGAUGCAAGCAGCGGCACAAUGGAAAUUCAGCUGUUUUUUGAAUUGGCUCUUGGAUCAUUCCAGGGCUUUGUUGUGGCUGUACUUUAUUGUUUUCUUAAUGGUGAGGUUCAGCUGGAAGUUCAGAGAAAAUGGAGGCAGUGGCAUUUAAGCAAACACUGGCGUCAGCAUCUCAGCACCUCAGGGAGUAACGGAGGAAGCAGCGUGACUCAAGAGAUGCAGAUGGUGAGGUCCAGCCCACCAGAGCACAGGAGAGGAACCCUCCAAGGGUCAAGUGUGCUUUAA